AGUCUCCUCAGGUUCUUUCCAGCUGCGGGUCUCUGGCUCCAUCUUGUGGUGAUUGUGCGUAAGUGCAGCUACAAGUUGCAGAGAGCGUCUCCUCCGGUUUGCCAGAUAUCUGAAUCCCCGCCAAGUUGCCCUCACACGUCAGAGGAGGAAACCGGUACUGGUGAGUGGACGUGUGCGACGCGUCACCAGCCAGUUCCCGGAUGCAGCGAACAUCAACAUGGAGCGUGUGGUGGUGGUGGAAGUACCGAUCAACAACGGUUUUUCCCUGGCUGGCCCCUCCACCACCCCACGGAAGCGUCAGGUGCGUUUCUCGGCCCGCCAUGACAUCAUCCUUCUGCGGGAGGUUAUCACCCAGAACCCCUUCGCCUCCAAAGAACCAGGGCGGAUGUGGGCCCGUGUGGGCGAGAUUAUUACCUCAGCCCUUCAAGAUGAAAGCUUCGAGGUGGACGCCAGAAGGUGCAGGGAGCGCACCAUGCUGCUGCUCGACUACUACAAGAAACAAGACUUCCCCAGUCUGCGCAGGUUUGGAACAGAGAGGUUGUACGCCCAGAAGGAGGAUCUGCUGCAUGAGGUUCUGGAGCUGGAGGCGGAGAAGGGGCUCCUGGUCAGCGGGGAAAGCACAAAGUACCAGGAGGAUGAGCUGAGAAAACGAGCCGUAGAAGAACUAACUCUCCCAGAGCAAGACAAACCCAACAUCGCGAUCACACACCCUGCAGGUAAGAUCGCUCUGGAGAGGGAACGUCUGGGCGCCGACAGGAAAGAAAGGGAACGCCGAUUUGAGCUUGAGAGCCAGGAGCGGCAGGUCAUCUUGGACCUCCUGAAGGAGAAGGUGCUGAAAGGCUGA